AUGAGCGACACCCGAGAGUCUCGCGAUAGACGACGCAAGGCUACACAUUCAGCCAUUGAGCGUCGAAGACGAGAGCGUACAAAUGACAAAAUUGCACAGUUGAAGGACAUGCUGCCUUCAUGUGCUGGUCGAUCAGGAUUGCAUAAGCUGACAAUACUAGAAGAAGGAAUUCAGUAUACUCGCAUGCUGGAGGGUCAGAUCCGAGAGCUGCAGUUGAUGGCUGCAAGAGUACCUUUAUUGCAGUCUAGAUCUGCAAUGGAAGCAGCAUCGCCUGCAGUCACAUCCAAAGUCAUGUGUAUGCCAUCAGGACCAGCAUCAAUGCCAACAUGUGCCAAUAUCAAACUGGAAGACACCGCAGAGUCACACGAGUCGUAUCGAUCCAAUGAUCACCGUGCAUGUCAUUCACUGGGCACAUUGACUACACCAGUUGAUCAGUACCAUCUCGACACCAACCAUUCACUGGGCACAUUUGCUACAUUAUGCUCUGCAUCAAAGAUGCUGCCCUCGCCUGCAUGUUCGCAGAGACAAGCAUCUCCUUUUUCGGAAAUUGCCGGUAUAUGUGACUCCUCUUCCAGCACUCAUAGUCCAUGUGCAGAGAUCAUGUCGCUUGGAUCAAUUCUGUCGUAA